GUAGACAAACAGCUGAAGACUGGUCACAGACAGUGUAGAAACGCUGCAGAGGAGAAUGCAUUUGUUACUUGAGAUCCCGUUGUUUUUCCUUAUAACCCUCUACUCCUACUUAGAGGCUUUUGUCAAGCUUUUCUUCCCGGUGAAGAAAAAGUCUGUCAGCGGAGAAAUUGUUCUCAUCACUGGAUCUGGUCAUGGACUUGGGAGAGCCACUGCCUAUGAAUUUGCUAGACAUCAGUGCACAUUAGUUCUGUGGGAUAUCAAUAAGCAUGGUGUCGAAGAAACGGCUGAAGAAUGCAGGAGACUGGGAGCUACAGCCCAUGCGUUCAUGGUGGACUGUAGCAAGAGAGAGGAGAUCUAUAGUGCCGCCAAAAAGGUGAAAGGAGAGAUUGGCGAUGUGGAUAUCUUGAUGAAUAACGCCGGGGUGGUAACGCCAACGGAUGUGCUGUCGACUCAGGACUACGAGAUUCAAAGAAUGUUUGAAGUCAACAUUCUUGCUCACUACUGGACCUCAAAAGCAUUCCUCCCAGCAAUGAUGAGGAAAAACCAUGGUCAUAUUGUCACGGUGGCUUCUGCCGGAGGCCAUAUUGUGGCUCCUUUUCUUGUGGCUUAUUGCUCAUCCAAGUUUGCCACUGUUGGCUUUCACAGAGCUCUGACGGCAGAGCUGUCUGCCUUGAGGAAGAAUGGGGUGAAAACUUCAUGCAUCUGUCCUAUGUUUAUCAAUACUGACUUUGUCAAAAAUACAUCUUCAAGAUUAAUGCCAACUUUGGAGCCUGAAGAAGUUGCAAAACAAGUAAUGAAAGGAAUCCUAACCAACAAGAAAAUGAUUUUCAUUCCACCAUUUCUGAAAAUCAGUAUACUGCUGGAUAGGUUUCUUCCCGUUCGUGGUGUUGCGGCUUUCUGGGAGCUGAUUCAACUUAAAUAUGAUUAUGUCAUUGGGUACAAGGAUAAAGAAAACUAAAGGAACGGAUUUCAUCUGUGGGCCUGCAUAUGAUUCCAGUUUUUAACAGUUCAGCAUUUUAAUUCUGUAUAACAUCUAACCCUUUAAGAAACCUGUACUACUCCUGCAACAAGUAGCCCAUAAACACCACCCUAUCCUCCA